AUGUCAUUAGGUGAAAUACUGCAACGUCUUCCUCCUCCUGUACAAUCACAAGGUGUUUCAACUGUUCCAACUUCACUUCCACCAAUAAAAACAGAAAGUACCAUUUCAUCAACAACUGUAUCACCACCUCCUUUAACAAAAGCAAAUGUUGGUUUAAUUGGUAAAUUUACUGAAUAUCAACUUAAUCAAUUACCUCCACAACAAUUACCAACUCCACCUUCAAAACCACCACAAUUAAAGAGUCCAAAUCCAAUUACUCCAGCUACAGUUCCAACAACUCCAGCAGCAACAAAUGUCACCAAUAAUAACAACUCAAGUCAUGGAGGACAACCAAAUGCAAAGAGUACUACUCAUGUAAAUAAUGGUACAACAACUACCAAAACAAACAUAUCGAGUCCAAUUUGUCGUAAUUGUAAGACUCAAACUACUCCAUUAUGGAGAAGAGAUGAAACUGGCCAAGUGUUGUGUAAUGCUUGUGGAUUAUUCUUGAAAUUACAUGGACGUCCAAGACCAAUUAGUUUGAAAACUGAUACUAUAAAAUCAAGAAAUAGAGUGAAACAACUGAAUGGUGCUACCAAUAAAGCAUCAAGUCCAAAUACUCCAGAAUUGAAGGGGAAAGAUAAAGGAAGAAAAUCUCCAAAACCAAAGAAGAAUAAGAAUAAUAAUAAUAAUGCCAAUUCUGGAAAUUCUGAUGGAACUGGUUCUAAUUUAACUCCAUUAUUACCUGCUACAGGAAGUAAUUCAAAUGUUUCUAGUCCAGCAACUUUUAAGAAUAAUAAUAGUUUCCAUCAAGGUAUAAAUACAUUCCAUCAUCAUCAUCACCAUCAUCAUUUACCUAAUCAUUUAUCUCAUUUACAAUCAGCUGCCGCUACUGGACAUCAAGUUCCAUUACAUUAUCCAUCUUCAACCCCAACCCAAUUUGCCCCUGGUUUGAAAAGAAUCACAUCUCCAUUAUUAUUAUCUAAUUCAAUGUCAAGUACAAGAAUUGAAAGUGAUACAAAAUUGACUCCUAUUCAAGUUGCUGCUGCUGGUGCUUUGGAAAAUAUGUCACAUGAAUUAGGUCCAAAUGCAACAUUUAAACCUUCAAAAGGAAAAGGUGCUCGAGUUAUGGAAGUUUCAUUAAUGAAUCAAGAUAGAAAUAGAGAUCAUUUCUCAAGUAGUAGUAGUGGGAUGUCAAGUGCGGGAUCUUCGAUAUUUUCAAGUGCUUUGAAUACUACUGCUCCUCCAAAAUUACCUGCUUUGGGACAUUCAAAUAUUUCUUCUCCUUCUUUUGGUGCACAUACUUCAAGAUCAUCUACUCCUACAUUACCUCCACUACAUAAAGUUGGUGGUGGUGAUGGAUUGCCUCCUAUAAAUAGUUUUGCCAAUUAUGGAAGUGGCCAACAAAAUCAACAACAACAACAAUCACAACAACAACAACAACAGUCACAACAAGGAUCCCAACGCCCAGACCAACCUAACCAAUCUAACGGAUAUCAACAAUCAAACCGAGAUAACAACAACAAUGAUAAUAAUAAUAAUAAUAAUCAUAAUGGCGCUCAUGAAGUCACAUUAUUAAAAACCAGAAUCUCAGAAUUAGAACUCGUGAAUGAUUUAUAUCGUACCAGAAUAAUGGAACUUGAAGCCAUGGAACAAGCAGCAAGAUUAAGAGAAAAUUCAAUGAAGAAAAGAUUGGAUGAAAUAUUAGCCCUUACCCAACAACACCAACAACAACAACAACAGGCACAAGCGCAACAGCAAACACAAACUCGUGCACAUAGUAGUGAAAAGGCGGUCUCUACUUCUCAUCAUUCCACACCCGCUGCUGCUGCUGCAGUUGUUGCGCCUGUUUUGCCACAUCAUACUGAACUUCCUUCAUUGAGUAAAUAUUCUUUAAAUUCUAGUGUGAGUCCAAUUACGACUUCGAAUUUGACUCCACCGACAGUUUUACCCUCGAUUGGAAAUCUAACUGAACAGACUGGUAACAUUGUGUUGCCAUCGAUGAAGAGAGAGAAUGAUGAUAGUGAAUUGGGUGGUGGUGAUGGAAAUGGAGGUGGUGGUAAUGGUGAAUUUAAGAAGAUGAGAUUGGGUUAG